ACCUUGGACACAAACUGCAAAGGGGGAAUACAGCACAUGACAUUGAGAGACUUAUUAAAUCCCCCUGAAUAUAAAUGUGAGAUAGUGAGCCGUCAUGGAUUACAUCUCUGCGACAGGACUACUCCACUGAAGCUGACAAUACUUUUGACUGGUGCAUAAAAUGUCCUGUGGGAGGCAGCAAUAUGCCACGAGGCAUCUAGUCUGCCGGAAAGCCAACAGAAGAAGAAGAAGAAGAAGACCUGCAAAGAGCAUGUUUUAACCGCAGGGGGCGAGCGCAUGCAGCAAAUGAUGUGGUCUGCCUCUGAUGACAGCCGACGGCCCGGUCCGCACAGUGGAUCAGUCUUUCCGGGGUUCAAACAAGUCUAGUGUGCUUCAGGAGAGUCGAGGACCAUCGAUGACAAAUUAGUAGAAUAUUUAUAUGCAACGUUUGCAUUAACAGCAGGCCCACUGCCUUUCAGGAAGAAGCACAGUGCGGCACGACAAAAAGGAGUUCAGUGAACUAACGUUACGACAACGGCUAACAGUUCGCAGCUAGCUAAAUAGUUAGCCACGACCGCACACAGGUAUGUCUGAAGUUAGUCUUGAGGCUGAAUCGGGGAAGACCUCAGCCGAGGACUCUCAAAUGGAUUUUGAGGAGGCAGACAAAGCAGAAGAGAGUUUGAGGGAGGAUGUAAAACAGGCGAGUGUAGACAACAGUAGAGGAAGAAAUGACAGAGAUGAUGUGCUGUACGACAUUGAUAUUGACAGCGCCGAAGAAAAUGCAGAAAACACGGCUAUUCAGAAGGAGGAUGAGGGCAUUCAGAAAGAGAGUGUGGUGAAGACAUGCAGUGGCAGCGAUGCUGCACACAUGUCUGACAGUGUAGAAAAUGGGGCACACGAGACAAAUCGUCAUGUUGAAACGGCUGAAACACCAGAGGAAAGUGGAGAUUCUCACACUGAAACAAAGCAAAGCACAAUGACUGAGGAGUCCCAUAGAGGCUCAGCCGCUGAGAUCCCAGUCACUAGCAAUGGAGACCUGGAUCAGAGCCCUGAAAGCGUAUUCCAGAGGGACUCCUACCCCAGUGUCCCCAGGGCCCUAAAUCUUUCAGAGUCCUGUGUCACCUCCAGCAACUUCGCUUCAACAACAGAGGGCAUCAUUGAAUCAGGACCAUACAAAGGGUCGGCAAGCAUGCCCACGUCACCCGUGACACCUGUAGCUCCCAGCUCGGCUGUUGCUAGCCGCCUGGCGCGCUCUUCCAGCGAUAGUCAGGCUGAGAAAGGUGAGAUGAAUGCACAACCAAUGAGUGGAGCGGUGGUCCUUUCAGAUGACUUGAAGAGCCCAGCCAUGGAAAAACUGGACCUAGUGAGAAAGUGGAGCAUCAACACAUAUAAAUGUACCAGGCAGAUCCUGUCAGAGAAGCUGGGUCGAGGCUCGAGGACCGUGGACCUGGAGCUGGAGGCUCAGAUCGAUGUCCUCCGUGACAACAAGAGAAAAUACCAGAAUGUAAUCAAGCUGGCUCAGACGCUGGCCAGUCAGCUGUCCCAGAUAAUGCAGACGCAGAGGCAGCUGGGCGACGCAUUCGCCGACCUCAGCCUCAAGUCACCAGAACUGCAUGAGGAGUUUGGUUACAACGCUGACACCCAAAAGCUUUUGUCCAAAAAUGGAGAGACACUGCUGGGUGCCAUCAACUUUUUCAUCUGCAGUGUGAACACACUCGUGGACAAAACAAUCGAAGACACCAUGGUUAAUAUCAAACAGUAUGAAUUUGCCAGGGUUGAGUAUGACGCGUACCGUACAGAUUUGGAGGAGUUGAAUCUGGGGCCCCGCGACGCCGCCGCCAUGCCCAAGAUCGAGCACUGCCAGCAGCAGUUCCAGAUCCACCGCGAGAAGUACGAGAGGAUGCGGAACGACGUCUCCGUCAAGUUGAAGUUCCUGGAAGAGAACAAGGUGAAGGUAUUGCAUAACCAGCUCAUCCUAUUCCACAACGCCAUAGCUGCGUACUACGCUGGAAACCAACAGCAGCUGGAACAGACACUCAAGCAGUUCCACAUCAAGUUGAAAAUGCCAGGUGGGGACAGUCCAUCUUGGCUGGAAGAGCACUAAUCACUACUUUCAAAGCCACAGCGGCUCAGUUUGACAGGAAAUGUCAAAUUCUACAGAAACUACAGGACCCCCCCCCCCUCCCCUCCUCCCUUCCUCCCUUCAACUCUACUGUCGCUGCCUUUUCGAACUUUGAGAACUCUAAAUCUUCCAACUCAAUACAAAAAGGAAGAAAAAAAUCCUCCUAGAAUCUGUUUUACACUUGUUGUUAAAUCAUCCUUUUCAUCUUGAAGUUAUUUGAAAUCAUGGGAGACGCACUUUUAUACUGUUUGACAAAUCUGUUGAACGGGAGUUGCUGCAGUAAACACAUUUGGAAAACUGUA